ACUAUCCUUUCAUUCAAACGUUCAAACUGCCCAAUCAGUGAAGAGGAGGAGAAGACUCGCGGUAGUUUCAAAUGCGGAUGCGCGAGCUCAGUUGUUAUGGACACAGUUUAACGUCUAUUAUUCAGCACUUCUAAAACUAAACUCUUUAAAGUUUUAGUAAAGUGGAAAUAAGGAAGUUAACUUUAGUAAAUAUGGAAGCGAGUGAGUUGGCACCGUUGCUUUCCAGAAAAGAGUUGCGGAAACAGAAGCUGAUGGAAUACUUGGCAGCAAAAGGAAAGCUGAAACCUCCAAACGUCCCGCAAUCCAUCCACGGGGGUUCUCACAAUCAAACUGCUGUAAAAACCUCUCUGAAGGUUGCUAUGGGAAAAGAAAACAAAGCUCCACCUGACAGGAUCAGGUGGCACGAUUCUAAAGAUAAAACGUUGGUGCCUCAGCGCAGUCAGGAUCCUCCCAGAAGAAGAGCACUGGGUGUCUCUGACAAAGUCAAUGUGACAAAUGGAAAACAAACUGCCAUUUGCUCAUCAUCCAGCAGCGUGUCAGCACCGACAAAAGUUAAUCAAAAUCCUCUGCUCAGAAAAACAUUCACUGUAGUGUCUUCCAAAUCCAGUUUCACUCCAGCUGCAACUCAGAAAAAUCAACCCAACAGAGGGAGUCGAAAUCUGAGCAAGGUGCAGUUAAAUGGACGUUGUACACAUGCAGCAAAGUCAGAUCCCAAACCAAGCAUAAGCUCAAGUCGGGCUACGUUAUGCCCACUGGAAAUGGCGAGCAGUCGAAUAAGUACUGGCCCACUCGUUAAGACCAAAACAGGGCUUGUACCUGCAGCGAUCCAGCCGAGGAAUCCAAAAUCAGACGCAUCACGUCCACCUGGCCCAAAGCGUCAGCCGUUCACUUCCCAGCCGUUGAAAGGGCAGUUAGGCAGAAUGUCAUCUAUCUCUGCUUCCCAGAGGUCUGCUUUGGUGAUUCCUAUAAAUUCCAGAGGUAGUAGUAAAACCGAAGCUCAGAACAGGUCUAAACCUAAACCGCUUCCCGUUAAACCAGCACCAACAACUGCAAGGAACCAGUUAUGGACUGGACUUCGUUCAGCUGGGCCUUCCAAAUGCAAAACUGUCAAACCAGAGCAGAGCGUGUUAACCAGUAAAACAGGAGGGCAGCCUGCUCACACAUCUAAAACUCAAGUAAACAAAAACACUCAAUUUGUAAAAGCUGGCUCAGCAACCUCAAGGCCAUCAAUCAAACGCAGCUCGACAGCCGUCAAGACGGAUGAGAGCGUUUGGUCUAAAGAUGGGAGGGAAACAAAGACAAACAGAAAGACGCAAAUAAUACAGAAAACAUCUAGAAAUAUUCCUUCAGGGCAUCCGCUUACAAAAUGUGCAGCUGCUGCAGUGGGGUACCGAACCGCACCGCAGCCUUCCAGGUCCAUCAGCCUGCUGGGCCGGACUGCAGCCACCGAGACUCCAAAGGUCAUGAUUAAAACUGCUCCCCAGACUGAAGUAAAGAAACUGACUGCUGCACAGCAGGAGAGGAUGAGGAAACUCCAAGAAUGGCGAGAAUCGAAGGGGAUUUCCUACAAACGUCCUCCGAUGACCGUGAAAGCGCCAGCCACGCGCACCGUGUCCGUUCCUCAGCCCUUCUGGGCUUCCAUGGAGCGAGAGGACGAAGCCCGCUCUCUCAUCUGUGCCGUGGACCGGUCCCUGGACGACUGCAUCAAGUUGCUCGCCGAGGGCUGCCCUGCGGACCGGGUGAAGGACGUCCUCUCACGGCUGCCGGCCGUGUCUCAGAAGUUCGCCAAGUACUGGAUCUGUCGAGCCCGUCUGAUGGAGCAGGAGGGAAACUUGGACGUGCUGCCCAUGUUUGAAGAAGCUGUUGGAGUUGUGUUGGAGCCAGUGGAUGAGCUGCGGACUGCAGUUUUUGACAUUCUGAAGAAGAAAGACGAAAUCCAAGAAAAUGAAAAACGGGACGAUGGCUCUGCAACCACGGAAACGUCUCCAGACUGUAGCGACGACCCGCUGAUGACCCCUAAACCUGUCAGAGUUCUCAUCAAAGGAGAGAGAGGAGGUUCAUCCAUGGUCAAGUACAAGAUCACUGCGACUCCCGGGGGCCCAGCAAGUCAGCAGAAGGAGCCAGUCAGGGUCAAAGGGCAGGAGGUCCGGUUCUUCACCCCGGUUCGACGGUCUGUGCGAAUCGAGAGGUCGUGUUCCCGAUAUCCGCCGUCGCUCCAGGACCACGACGUCUGCGUGAAUUCGUACAGCGAUCUGAUCUCGGAGGAGGACAAAGAAACCAGUGAAGGACAAUCGAGCUGCUCUGGUAGCAACACACCCAUGUACAUUUACAGACAGAACGAGGCGCUUGAAGACAAAGUCAACGUCAAACUCAUCCUUAACGAUUCAUCGUUUUAAAUUCAUCAACUUACUUCAUCCCACCUUCAUGAUUUUUAAAAUAACAGACAGAUAAAGGUUGUCUGUAGUCUGUUACCUCCCAAAUGUUCAUAUUCGCAGAUACAAAUGAAUUUUGUGAUUUUUAAACUUUUCACUUGAACCAGUAAUCAUUUUUUAAAUCCAUCUGUACAGAAGGGAAACUUUGAUAUUAGGUCAUGAAUCCUUCUUUUGUUCUGCAAAAAAAGAAGAAAGAUAUAAAAGUGAAAAAUAAAAUCCUUAUUUCUUUUUUUUAACUGUC